UUCAGGCCUUACAUGCACACAACCUGUUUGAUGAAAGUUCACUGUAGUCAUCCAGUAUAUACUAUUGACUAUCUUAUCAAUUACAUCAUACAUUUUGAUACAUUUGCUCCCUUAUCAGUCAUAGCUUUGAGAGAUCUUUACAAGACGCUCAACCAACCGCCACAGCUGGCUGGUUGGAGAUUGGAUGGUGGGGAUCCUUGCGAUGAAUCAUGGCAUGGAGUGCUGUGUUCUGGCUCUUCAGUAAUAUACCUUAAACUAAAUGGUCUAAACCUAUCUGGGUAUGUUACUCCUGAGAUCUACAAUCUCUACAGUUUGAAGCAACUGGAUAUUAGUUCCAAUAGCAUUGAUGGUGAAAUUCCAUAUGUCUUGCCUCCUAAUGCGACUCAUAUAAAUAUGGCAUACAACCAUUUAAUCCAGAACAUUCCCCCAUCCUUACCUGGCAUGAAAAGUCUCCGACACUUGAACCUAAGUCACAAUCGGUUGUCUGGACCUAUUGGCAAUGUUUUUACUGGCCUACAGAAUCUAAGAGAAAUGGAUCUGUCAUACAAUAACUUCACUGGAGAUCUGCCAAGUUCAUUUGGGUCCCUUAAAAAUCUCACUGGACUGUUCUUGCAGGAUAACAAGUUUACUGGUUCAGUUGCUUACCUCGCUGAACUUCCACUAAUCGAUCUGAAUAUCAAAGAUAACUAUUUCAGUGGUAUUAUCCCCCGUCAUUUUCAGUCCAUACCAAAUUUAUGGAUUGGGGGAAAUAGUUUUGAUCUGCCAGGGGACAACUAUCCACCCUGGAAUUUCUCUCUAGGGACACAGGGAACUGUAACUGAACAGAACAUCCACCCCCCUCCAGCAACUCAGUCAAGUGCCAUGGAGAAGAGCAAACCCUCUACCAAAAUAGGUGGACACAAGAAGAAGAGGCUUGGCCCUGGAGGAAUAGCUUUUAUUCUUGGUGGAGGAACUCUUGUCGCAUCAUGUGUGGCACUUUAUGUUGCACUCCAUGUCAAGAAAUCACGUGCACAGAGGCUUAUAACCUUGGUGCGCAAUAGUAGUUCAAGCCACUCUUUCUCAGUCAUAAAUCCGGCUAAAGGUAGUCCUAUGAGUGCACGAGAAGAAAGCCCACCUGUACUGACUUUCACGUCACCCAUUCUGCUUCCAAGGCGCCUACCUCCAGUUUAUCAUAGCAGAAUUGAGAAAAGUAGAAGAAAAAGCUUCUCUGAUAAAUACAGAUUCCCAGUGAGAAUCAAACUAUAUACUGUGGCAGAGCUUCAGUCAGCUACGAACAGCUUUAUGGAAGAAAACUUUCUGGGCCAAGGAUCUCUUGGUUCUGUCUACAAAGCCGAAUUUCCUGAUGGCCAAAUUUCGGUCGUAAAGAACAUCAAGAUGUCUGGACUCUCUUUCCAUGAAGAAGAAAAAUUCCUGGAUCUUGUUUGGACUCUUUCACGUUUGAAGCACCCAAAUAUUGUACCACUUCUUGGCUAUUGUGUGGAGCAUGGACAACAUCUUCUUGUGUAUGAAUAUGUCAGAAAUUUAACCCUUGAUGAGGCACUGCACAGCGAUGCAUACAAACCCUUGUCCUGGGGCCUUCGUCUCCAGAUUGCUCUUGGUGUUGCUCAAGCUUUGGACUAUUUGCAUUCUACAUUGUCGCCUCCAGUUGGUCAUGGCAACUUGAAGAGUGCCAAUAUCUUGCUUGCUGAAGACCUUGCUCCUCAUAUCUGUGACUGUGGGCUUGCUAUUUUGAGGCCACUUACAAGCAAUAGUCUUAAACUAAAGGCUUCAGAAGAUGCUAUUGGCGACACGGGCUACAUCGCACCUGAGCAUGGCCUACCAGGAUUUGAUAACAUAAAGAGUGACAUAUAUGCCUUUGGAGUGCUGCUUUUGGAGCUCUUGACAGGAAGGAAACCUUUUGAUAGUUCAAAACCAAGGGAAGAGCAAUCGCUGGUGAAAUGGGCUUCAUUGCGGCUUCAUGACUUUGAGAGUCUGGAAGAGAUGAUUGAUCCAGGCGUUAAAAGAACAUGUUCCUCCAAGGCUCUGUCAAAUUUUGCUGAUAUUAUCUCCCUCUGCAUACAGCCAGUGAAGGAAUUCCGUCCACCAAUGUCUGAAGUUGUGGGAUCUCUCUCACAGCUGAUACUGAAGCUCAUAAAGGACAUACAAUGUGGAGCAGAUGGUAACCAAGUUGACCCCUUCGACAGAUCCUUCCGUUCAACCAACUCUCGCUUCAUGGCCUCACCUACAUUGACCUAUUUUUCCGUUUGAAUUAGCCACUAGUGAUCAGUACAGGCACAGCUUAAUCCACUGUAUUGUAUGCUUGAUUAGAGAUGCACUCUAAAAUCAGCUCGAUUGUUAGAGGCUUGGUUUGUGUGACAUUAUGCCCUUUCAUUCCAUACUGUCUUAGCCUUAGGAGGUGUGGUAUUCAAUUCAAAUACCAAUCUCAACUAGACAGUUCUUGUCAUUCUGUAUAUUCUACAUGACAAAUUUCCAGAAAGUUGUGGACCGUAUAUACUAGUUUGCCAGUCUUUCUUAAAAAGAUGGGAAG